AUGGCGGAGGCGGCGACGGGGGCGGUGCGGGUGGAGAGGGUGCGGGGGAGGUCGGUGCUGACCCGUUGCUUCGCCAGGUACCCGCUCAAGCUCAUCGCCCCGUCCAAGGUGGGGCCCUCGUCCUGCAACGCGGUCUGGCUCUACGCCCUCACCUACGGCGGCGGCAUCGUCUCCGUGAGUCCCGAGGACCUCCCUCCGCUUUCUAUUCUCUCCGUUCUUGCCCGCUGCGCCGUUGCUGGGUACUCGCGGCUCGGAGUUGGAGAAGGUUGCUGUAGCGUGACGUGCUCCUGGUGCCGCGCCCGCGCGCGCCCUUGCAGGGGGACACCAUAUCGUGCACGGUCAGCGUCGGCGACGGGUGCACGGCGGCGAUCACCACGCAGGCCUCGACCAAGGUAUGCUGGUUGCUUAAUGAAGCUUGACUCUGCGCUUCCUGCCUAUACUUAUACUAUGGCUGUUUUGUGUGGUCUUGUGAUGCUUACCCGUGUAUGCCGUAUGGUGUACAAGGCUGUGGGUUCAAAAUGUUCUGAACAGUUGCUAGAGGCCAGAGUUGGGGAAGAUGCCCUGCUUGCUGUUAUUCCAGACCCUGUAACCUGCUUCUCAACCGCUCGGUACCACCAAAAGCAAGUUUUUCAAGUCUCUGCCAAUUCAAACCUGGUAGUUGUAGAUUGGUUUACAAGUGGCCGUUAUGAGAGUGGAGAAAAAUGGGAUUUUAGCUUCUACAAAAGUGUCAACCAUAUUUUCUUGGGAGAUCAGCCUCUCUUUAUUGACUCAACUUUAUUGGAACAAGGCUCGAAUUAUAGCAUUGCUGAACGGAUGCAUGAGUACAAUGUGAUUGCGAUGAUCGUGUUACUGGGGCCAAAGCUAAGGCACAUACAAGACAAGAUGCAAGACGAAGUGAAGAAGCUGAUGUCCGGGCAACUGCGCCCUCCGACAUCCGGCGGUAGCCUCUACACUAUGAGAUCAAAACCUCCCCAGCGUCCACAAAGGCCUCCGCUCGUCGCCUCUUGCAGCCCGUUCGGCCGCACGGGAACAGGCAUGGUUGCUCGGGUAGCCGCGGUGAGCACGGAGCUCGCGUACAGCUUCUUGAGACACCAUCUGGCCGCGCUGGAGAUGUUCCUUGGUGCUUCCCCUUAUGCCGCGUCAUGA